AUGUCGGUUCGGUCGACGAUUUUGGAAGGUGCGGGGAUAGAAAGAGAGGCUCUGCCCGAUAGUUUGAACUCGUUUUUUGGUCUGAGUUCCACUGUCAGUGAUGGAGGUGUUCGAGAGCGCGCGACGUCGCUCGAUUUCGGUCAGCUGGACGCCGCGUUCGACGGCGACUCGAACCAGCGAAAGCUGGCGAGCGCCGGGCUCCGGCUCCUGGCGCUGAGGAACAGGAAGAGGGAUCUUCAAGCUGGGUUGGAUGACGCGCCCGCGGCAGGCACUUCGCCAAAGCGCAGGAAGAGAAGUUCUGGACCGUCGAACGCGGAAGACGAGGGCGAAGAAAGUCACCGGUCGAGUGGGCAAGAGGAGGCCGCGCCUUCCCCCGACUCGCUCGCCGAUCGCGCGAAAAAAGAGAUGGAAGAAAAAAACAAACGUACGAUCUUUGUUGGCAACGUGGCGAUUGACACCAAAAAAAAAGAGUUGAAAAAAUUUUUUUCGGUGUUUGGAACCGUCGAAUCGAUCCGCUAUCGUGGCAUCACGGUGUUGAAGCCCAACGUCAAGAGGUAUUGCAUCAUGAGAAAUCAGCUUCACCCUGAGAGGGAAUCGAUGCACGCCUAUGUUGUGUUUAAGGACAACGAUAGUGCGAAACGAGCACUCAAAGCCAACUGGACUGAGUUUCGGGGAAGACACAUCCGCGUCGACUUGGCUGAGAAGCGACCGACCAAAAAAGAGGACUAUUGGAACUGCGUCUAUGUCUCCGGGCUGCCGCUGAUGGCGGAGGAAGAAGACCUUUACGAAAUAUUCAAAGUUUGUGGCGAAAUUUCUAACGUUCGAAUUGUUCGCGACCGCUAUUACAAAGUCUCCAAGGGCUAUGGAUAUGUGCAAUUCAACACCAGGAGAGGCAUGUAUCAGGCUUUGAAUAUGUCCAAGAAGGUCAAAUACAAAGGAAAACUCGUCCACAUCACGCUGGCGACGCCCAAUUCGAAAGUGUUUGGCAAAAAAAAGCGAAUUUUAGAGCUUCGCAAAAAAGCGAUGGAAGAAAAGCGUAAUGCCAAGGCAAGCAGGCACCGUCAAGACGGCCGCGCGCCAGAGGCGCCGUCCGGCCGCAAGGCAAAAUUGAAAACUGAUCGAAGACCCCCAAAGACUAAAGAGCACUUGAAGCCUCGUUUCACUCAAAAGACGAAACGCGGAAAAAAAACUUGA